AUCCCCAGAUCAAAACCCCCCCGGCCCGGCGCCCUUCGUCCCCGCCUCUUGAUCGGCCAUGGCGCCCGCUGCUGCUGCGUCCCGGGUGGCUGUCUCGUCGCCGGUCUUCGGCUCCGAUGGCGGCGCCAGGAGCUCCGGGAUCAAGGGUAACAACAAUGUUAGCUUCGGCAACAAAUCCUGGGUCGGCGGCACAUUGGCCUGGGAGAGCAGCUCGGUGCGGCCCAGGCACGUGAACAAGGUGCUCUGCAUGUCGGUCCAGCAGGCGAGCAAGAGUAAAGUCUCUGUUGCGCCACUCGAUCUUGAGAGCGCCAAGGAGCCACCUCUCAACACAUACAAGCCCAAGGAGCCCUUCACGGCCACCAUUGUCUCGGUGGAGAGGCUAGUCGGCCCCAAAGCUCCAGGGGAGACUUGCCACAUCGUCAUUGACCAUGGUGGCAAUGUGCCGUACUGGGAGGGCCAGAGUUAUGGUGUCAUUCCUCCUGGAGAAAACCCCAAAAAGCCUGGAGCCCCACAAAAUGUCAGGCUUUAUUCAAUUGCAUCAACUAGGUAUGGAGAUUACUUUGAUGGAAGAACCGGAAGCUUGUGUGUCCGCCGUGCAGUUUAUUAUGAUCCUGAAACUGGCAAGGAGGAGCCCUCAAAGAAUGGUGUCUGCAGUAAUUUCCUGUGCAACUCAAAACCUGGGGACAAGAUUCAAUUAACAGGUCCCUCUGGCAAAAUAAUGCUUCUACCGGAGGAGGAUCCAAACGCAACCCAUAUCAUGAUUGCUACUGGCACCGGUGUUGCCCCCUUCCGUGGGUACCUGCGUCGCAUGUUCAUGGAAGAUGUUCCAAACUACAGAUUUGGUGGCUUGGCCUGGCUCUUCCUUGGUGUUGCCAAUUCAGACAGCCUUCUGUAUGACGAAGAAUUCACCAGCUAUCUUAAGCAGUAUCCAGACAAUUUCAGGUACGACAAAGCCCUCAGUAGGGAGCAGAAGAACAGGAGUGGUGGCAAAAUGUACGUCCAGGACAAGAUCGAGGAGUACAGCGAUGAGAUUUUCAAGCUUCUGGAUGGCGGAGCGCACAUCUACUUCUGCGGUUUGAAGGGAAUGAUGCCUGGAAUUCAGGACACCCUUAAGAAGGUGGCAGAGCAGAGAGGCGAGAGCUGGGACCAGAAGCUCUCCCAGCUCAAGAAGAACAAGCAAUGGCACGUUGAGGUCUACUAGGGCUCGAAUUGGUUGUAAUUGCGACCCUUAAUGCUGCGGGUCAUCGUCAGGAGGAAACAAACACAUGAUUGAAAUUGAAUCGUCGAAUGAUUCUUGGGGCGGUGUAAAAUCACAAAAAGUUCUCUUGGCGAGAAUCAGAAAAUCGCCUUUGUAAUUCAUAAAGCUUCCGCGUCACGGUUAUCCGUGGAACGGGAGCAUGUAACUUUCAGCCGUUUACAUUUGCAGUGCAGUGCUUUUGACAGUAUUUCCAAUUAGAGGUCUCUGUCCAGUUGGUACGCAUACGAAUCCUGAUGACUUGAAAUGUUUAA